AUGGUCUUUACAUGGACUGUAUUAUACUGCACGCGAACUGUCUUUGCUAUUUCCAAGACUGGAAGAAAUUAUUUUUGCUUGCUCAUGAAUUGGUGUUUUCUUUUCCUGACCACCAUUAUAGCUGGUAUGUGGUUGCCUGCGUACUACUUUACGUGUAACAACAUCCCUGCUGCGAAGAAUUUCAUAAACAAAAUCGGCGUUGAUGAGAACAGCUUUCGGCCGCGCGAAUCUUACCUUUGGCAUUACGAACCAAAGAUGUACAUAGGAAUGCAAUAUUGCAGAGUCGGGGUGAGGAUGGCUGAGGAGUUUCUUCGUGAAGCUUCUUGUAUCAGGUCAUGUGAUCCAGUCAUAAUGCAUGAGCGUGGAUCUUACUACUAUAUCGCUAUGGCAAAUUCCAUAGUAACAGCUGAGCAGUUCUUCCAGAACGCUUUGUUGGCAGUCCUUGGGACUGAUUCAGAAGAUGCUGAGUUUUUGGAUUCAAGUGCCAUACUCAACGAGCAGAUUGAUCCGUUUUGGCAACCUCUCAUAGCCAGUUUGGGACAUGUAUCUCGAAGACUUGGCAAGUACAAAGAAUCUAUCAAUUUUCAUAGUAAAGCACUGUUAAUGAAUCCUAUUGACUGGCACUCCAUGGCGUCGAUGGCAAUGUCUUAUGCAUGCCUCGGAGAAACAAAUAUUGCCACUCGAUAUUUUGCGAAGUCAUUAGCUCGAGCUCCGUAUGACGGGAUGGUUCGCAAUGCCCUCGACAAGCUUGCUCAAUUAGAAAACGACUAUUGGGAUUACACAGUGUUUAAAACCACUUCUCCAGAUAGUAAUAAUGACUUGGAGAGGAUAUUCUCAGAGCGAUCUGUUUCAGUGAAUGAGGUGAAACGGAGUGCUUCGGAUACGACACGGUCCAAGAAGUUGUUAGCUGAACAUGCGAAAUCUAGGCUUGCUUCCAGGAGGAUGCGGCAAGAAUUAGCUCGUGCGAAUACUCGGAAGAAGAUCAUGGAUCCGACAGACCAACAAUGA